AUGGUAAGUACUACUAAUGUUCUUCGUAACUUAAUACUCUUGCAGGGACACUACAUGCACAUAUCGUUGGAACAAAAUCAGAUUUACAGACAAGACAAGAAAAAAAAAAUCCUGGUCAGCUACAUCUACCAAUCCUACUCAUACUUUUUCGGUCGAAGCGACAUAGCUCUGCCAGGAAUCUCCAAGUUCUUUGCCAGAGAAUCUCUAGAAGAACGAUCCCAUGCUGACAACCUAAUAGAAUACAUCAACAAACGUGGAGGUAGAAUUGUCUUUAAAGACAUUAAGUAUUCUGAAACUUGCAAACUUCUAAACAGAAAUAUUUCAGAAAGAUACACCAAUAUUUGUAUCGUAUUAUACUCUUAUAUUUCACAGAAACAUGGUUUAUUAGCUUUUCAAGAUGCUUUAGCUUUGGAGAAGAUCGUGAGUGAAAGUCUGGAAGGAAUUAUCGCAGAAGAUGACUUUCAGUUGAACCACUUCAUUGAAAACGAAUAUCUGGACGAGCAAGUUGAUACUAUUAAAAUCCUUGGUGACUAUGUCCGGCAGCUGGAAAUGUUUUCCGAAGAUCAAUAUACUCUGGGUCAAUACAUAUUUGACAAGAAUUUAUUAAAAUCUUUAAAACAUGGUAAAGAUAAAGAAGAUAUGACCAAGCAAUAUUAAUUCCACUUAUAAAUAUUUACAAUAUAUGAUAUUCAAGGAUUAAAAGUGUGGUAAACGCU